AUGAAAAAAAUUGAACAUAAAAGGGCUUUCUCUGAAAUUCCAAUUCAAGAUAUCCUGGUCCAGUCAAUCUCUUGCAAAGAAGCUCCUAAAUUUUCUGAUUCACUUCAGCAAAAAAGAUCAGUUUUCAAUCUUAAUCUUAAUCUUAAUUAUCUAUAACGCUUUACGUCCACUACGGGGUAGCCAACUCCAGAGCUGCCACCAUAUUUAUCCGCGUGUCGGGUCCAUGGACCGCUGGAUCGAUCCAUUUUAAUCACCAAAGCACGGGAAAGUACGGAGUUCCGGCUUCGACGGGCUUCGCUGCCACCACGGCUUUGUUCCGACUCAGCUCCUGCACGUGUUCCGCCUAAGGGUCCACCUCCUCGGGUGUGCUGAGGUGUAAAGACCUGAGCCUCUUGAUCGCACUGCGGAGCAGUCCCUUUGGUUAUCCCCAAAGUUAAACCGCUGUUGCUGGCAGAAGUUCUCGAGGUAAAACCCAACCCCAUAAAUAAAAUGGUUUUCGCUUCAGGUGAAAUUAGCUCUGCUAAAUUUUUCUCUCACUCAAGCAAUUUUAUUUAUGAUCAGUUUUCAAUCACAAGCAUAAGAAAAAGAAGCCUCCAGCACAAUUUCUAACAACGAACCGACACAUCCGAUCUUCUUCAGAAGGAAAUUUAAAGCUGAAAUCUCUGAUUAAUUUAGAAGGCAAAGAAGUAGCUAAAGCUCCAAAGAUUUUUCCAAAUCAAAUUUUUACAGACUGCUACGAUAAAGAAGGUAAUCAUGAUAGGAUCAUGGAUAUCAGUGAAUUCUUUCUUACUUAUCCCCCCUGAGCUAACAAAAAAAUUUGCUCGCUCACUAAGGGGUGAUUUUUUUUCCAGUUUUUAAAAAAAUUCAAUUAUAUUAAUUCUCAAUUAUUAUUUCAUAAAAAGAUUUUUAAAAAAAUGUUUGUUCUUUCGUGGAAGGUGUUUUUUUACCCAAAAAUAGGGACUUUUCCAAUUGUUUGCUUUCUCACAGAAGGGAAGGGAGUUAGUUAUUUAGGUGUUUGUGUAUUGCUCUUUCUAUAGCAGGAUAGUUUAGGCAUACUUAAGCUAUCUUGUUUAGAAAGCACCCCAGAAGGCACAUCAAAAUGGUCAGAAAGUUCUCAAUGGUUGUGUUUGACCUUGCCCAAAUCUAACUUCAGCUCAUGUCCUGCCUAAGGAUCCUCGAGUGUGUCAGGCAGUAAAAAUCUUAUCUCUUUCCAUCAUUGUGCUAUCAAAUUACCCCUAUGCGGUUAUUCCAUAGGAAGGUCUCUCGGAAAGAACCACUUCUUCAUGUAAUUAUUUUAUUAUUAUGGAUAUCAGUGAAUCAAUUGAAGUUUAUGAUGUCCAAAUUCCUAGGAAAUCAAAUAUAGUUUUCAAUUGAAAACAUUUAGAGAAAAAUGUAUUAAAAACUCAAGAAGUUAGGCCUCCUGAAAAUAGCGCCUGCAGCCGAACAGAAUCAACAAAAAGAAUAGAGUAUGAUUUCUUGCAAAGAUUAAAUGGAUAUCCGUACGAUGAAACAAGUGGAACAAUGCCUGAAAAAUCAGGUGAUAUUUACGAUAUUAUUCGACCUUUAAGCUUGGAAAGAAAUACCAGCAAGAGAAAUCAGAAACGCUUUUUCUAA